GCGGGUAAACAGACAUGGCCGACGAGGAAGACGCACAGGACGCUGCGCACAACAUGGGCAACCACCUGCCGCUCCUGCCUGCAGAGAGUGAAGAAGAAGAUGAAAUUGAAAUGGAAGUUGAAGACCAGGACAGCAAAGAAGCAAAAAAACCAAACAUCAUAAAUUUUGACACGAGUCUGCCAACCUCACACACGUACCUGGGCGCUGACAUGGAGGAGUUCCAUGGCAGGACUUUGCAUGAUGACGACAGUUGUCAGGUGAUCCCGGUGCUCCCACAGGUGAUGAUGAUCCUGAUUCCCGGGCAGACUUUACCUCUACAGCUGUUUCGCCCUCAAGAAGUCAGUAUGGUGCGGAAUUUAAUUCAGAAAGAUAGAACCUUUGCAGUUCUUGCAUACAGUAAUAUACAGGAAAGGGAAGCACAGUUUGGAACGACAGCAGAGAUAUAUGCCUAUCGAGAAGAACAAGACUUUGGAAUUGAAAUAGUGAAAGUGAAAGCAAUUGGAAGACAAAGGUUCAAAGUCCUGGAACUCAGAACACAGUCAGAUGGAAUCCAGCAAGCUAAAGUGCAAAUUCUACCUGAAUGUGUGUUGCCUUCAACCAUGUCUGCAGUUCAGUUAGAAUCCCUCAAUAAGUGCCAGAUAUUUCCUUCAAAACCUGUCUCAUGGGAAGACCAGUAUUCAUGUAAAUGGUGGCAGAAAUACCAGAAGAGAAAGUUUCAUUGUGCAAAUCUGACUUCGUGGCCCCGCUGGCUGUAUUCUCUGUAUGAUGCUGAAACCUUGAUGGAUAGAAUUAAGAAACAGCUACAUGAGUGGGAUGAAAACCUAAAAGAUGAUUCUCUUCCUUCAAAUCCAAUAGAUUUUUCUUACAGAGUGGCCGCGUGUCUUCCUAUUGAUGAUGUAUUAAGAAUUCAGCUCCUCAAAAUCGGCAGUGCCGUCCAGCGGCUUCGCUGUGAAUUGGACAUCAUGAACAAAUGUACUUCCCUUUGCUGUAAACAAUGUCAAGAAACAGAGAUCACAACCAAAAAUGAAAUAUUCAGUUUAUCCUUAUGUGGGCCCAUGGCAGCCUAUGUGAAUCCUCAUGGAUAUGUGCAUGAGACGCUGACCGUGUAUAAAGCUUCCAACUUGAACCUGAUAGGCCGCCCUUCAACAGAGCACAGCUGGUUUCCUGGGUAUGCCUGGACCAUCGCCCAGUGUAAGAUAUGUGCAAGUCACAUCGGAUGGAAAUUCACAGCCACCAAAAAAGACAUGUCACCUCAAAAGUUUUGGGGUUUAACUCGAUCUGCUCUUUUGCCCACAAUCCCAGACACUGAUGAUGAACUGAGCCCAGACAAAGUGAUACUUUGCUUGUAAACAGAAGUGGUAUGGAUAGGAAUCUAACAAAUUGGUAUUCUCGUAUCUGCUUUGGAAAUUAA